CAAAGAGUGUAUCAUUAUUUACUUGUUUACGAGGGUUGAGAAUAUUAGACAAUAAUAUUUGUUAAAAAUGAUAUCGCACUACUAAGUGCUCUAAGAUACCAAAUUUAGAUUAAUCAUUAAGGUGUUUGAUUUUGGUAGGUACUAUCUGCAACACGAACACAGUGAUAAUAAUUAUAUAUGCCCCAUUCGUCGCGACUAUGACUAAAGGAAUUUUAAUACUAAUUUGCUGUGUAAUUUGUGCCAAUUAUGGAAUUAUUGGUAUUACCAUAAACGACAGAAAGAAGUGUUGUGACCUGGGUACAAAUUUUGCUACUUUUGGAAAUGACUGCAAAAACUUCAGACCAGAGUGGGCAGGAUCUCGAUUAAGAAAUGAAAAGGCUUGUUUAAAUACUGUAGAUUUGUGUUGCAAGGAACAAAUUAGAGAAAAAAACUGUCAACUGGGAACAACUGAUGCGGUUAAUGGAGUUUCUUGUUCAGUCACUGAUGAAGUAAGAAAGGAUUGUUGUGAAGCUUGCCAAGCCGGUAUAGACGCUUCAAGAGCUAAAGAGCCUUGCACCGGCUUAGGUCUUAGUCCACUUUACGAUGAUGCCUUUAAACAAUGUUGUGAAAAUUACUCAAACGUUACAUCUAGUACUGCUACUACUUUGUUUACAAGUACCACCACCAGCACCACCACCACCACCACAGCGAAAUCGUUUAUUGACAAUUCUGAUACUGAUCCUAAGUCGAUUGAAAAUAUCUGUGAUUCCGAGGUGUGUACCCAGAUAUGUAAACCACUUUUUAACACUUCCGUUUUUUUCAAAUGUGAUUGCUUUAAAGGCUUCAUUUUAAUGGAAGACGGUGUAUCUUGUGAACCUGAGGAGCGAGUUCUUAAUCAAAAAGGAAGAUGUGAACUAUUCAAUCCCUGUGACCACGAUUGUAGCGAUACAGGUACGACAAUUAAAUGCUCAUGUAGGGAAGGAUAUCAAUUAUCAGAAAAUAAUAGGACUUGUGAAGAUAUUGAUGAAUGUGCGCUAAAUAUCCACAAUUGUCAAUCAGUUGAUGACUGCAUAAAUGAAAUAGGAACUUACUCUUGCUACGACUCAAUCUUCAAUAACAGAAGUAAAGAAUAUGAAUAUGAAGAUGAUUGUCCCAGUGGAUAUCAAUACAAUGUUGAAAAACAACUUUGUGAUGAUAUAGACGAAUGUCAAAUUAAAUUAAUAUGUCUUCCUCCAAAAGUUUGUAAGAACACGAUAGGAUCCUAUACAUGUGGAUUGGAGGAAGACACAUCACUUUGUCCACCAGGUUUUAGCUAUAACCCUUCUACAAAAGCUUGUGCAGAUAUUGAUGAAUGUCUAACGGGCAAAAACGGUUGUAACACAGAAUCUCAGGUUUGUGUAAAUACAAAAGGAAAUUACACCUGUGUAGAUAAAGCUUCCACAAAUAGUACUUGUGCUCUUGGUUUUAAAAUGAAUACUGUAAUUCAACUAUGUGAAGAUAUAAAUGAGUGCGAAGAAAAAGAAAAUAUAUGUGCUCAUAAUGAGAGGUGUGUUAAUGUCUUUGGAAGUUAUAAAUGCGUUUUACAAGAAAGCUCCAGCUCAACUUCCACUACCCAGCCUACUUCCACAACUCAAAAGGUUAUAUGCCCUACAGGAUAUAGUUACGUUAAUGAAACACAAAAAUGCGCAGAUAUUGACGAAUGUAAAAGUAACCCAUGUGGAAGGUUUGAAAAAUGUAUGAAUUACGAAGGUCGGUAUGAUUGUAUUCCUCAAAUUCAAUGCAAGCUUGGUUACGAGCUGAAUGAAUCUGGAGACGAAUGCAUAGAUGUUAAUGAAUGUGCCAAAAAUACUUACAAAUGUUUACCAACACAAAUCUGUAAAAACUACAUCGGUUAUUAUACCUGUGAAUGUCCGCUAGGUCACCUUCUGAGCAAGAUUACAAAUCAAUGUGAAGAUGUUGACGAAUGUAAAAUGUUUAGACCUUGUCAAGCUUUGUCUACCACAUGCAUAAACUUAAAGGGAUCAUUCAGGUGUGACUGCAAGGAGGGCUUCCAAUUCAAAUCUCCCGACCAAUGUGUAGAUAUAAAUGAAUGUGUCCGAGAUCCUGGAAUAUGUGAACAUAACUGUACAAAUAUCUUGGGAUCAUAUAGAUGCAGCUGCAACAAAGGGUUCACUCUGAAUAGAGAUAACAGGACCUGUACCGAUAUUGAUGAAUGUGAAAGAUUUAAAGAUAGAAAACUAUGUAUAGGCUCUUGCAAAAACGUACCUGGUAGCUACCGAUGCGAAUGUCCCCCAGGUUAUAAACUAGGGAGUGAUGGACGACUUUGUAUAGAUAUCGAUGAAUGUCAGCAAAACGUAUGUAAUUCAGAGGAAGUGUGCAUAAAUACUAGAGGAGGUUAUAAAUGUUAUAGUUUCAACUGUCCUGCUAACUAUAUUAAAGACACUGAGCACAAAUCGAGAUGUAAGCGCAUCCAAUCUUUUUGCAAUCCAAGGGACUACGAGUGUAUUUUAAUACCGGAGCGGUAUACAUACCAUUACAUAACACUGGUAUCAAAUUUACCUCUAAUUCACGGAAAGAUCAGUCUUUUCCGGAUUAAGGGUCCAGAAUGGUUCGCAUCCCGAGCGGAGUUUACUCUUAAGCUAUUAGAUGUUAUCUGUCCAAACAACAUCGAAAGAGUCAACGAUAUGUAUUUUAAGAAAGGCGAUGACCAAUUUAAUAGUAUGGUUUUAUAUCUAGUGAAACCUAUAGCAGGCCCUCAAGAAAUCAAGUUGCAAAUAGAAAUGCGCCUUUUCCAGGAUAAUAAUAUUAUUGGAUAUGUUGUUGUAUACAUUACUAUAGUAGUAUCUGAAUUUCCAUUUUAAGUAUUCUUGUUACAUUUUUCAUCGCUGUGCAAAAUACUUGUCUUAUAUCUGCUUACAAAAUGGUUCUGUGGUUAUGUUUCCUUAGAUUCAAAUUUUUAAUGUGUUUAGAUUAUCUAAUUAAGGUAUCCCGGGAUAAGAGAAACCUAGAAAAUCCGAAAUUUCUGUUUACGGCUUUCUAAAAAAUUUAUUUAAGGAUACCGACAUGUAAGACGUAUACCAUUUUCUAAUACGAAUGUGGUGCUAAAAACAUUUUUUUUAACAAAAAUUUUCAAUCAUGUGGCAUGGUUUCCACUUGCCUCAGUGACAAGGGGCAAGUGGAAACCUACCCGCAUUUAUAUAUUUAACUAAACGCAAAUCAUUCUGGGGCAA